UUGGUUCAGCAGAUUGUUUACUGUUUUAUCUUCUUCUUCCUUUUUUUUUUUUUUUUUUUCCGUCUUCCCUGCUCAGUGCCCAACCCAAGUUCAAAGGCUGAUGAGAGAGGAAAACUCAUGAGGAGGUUUUACUCUAGGGAAGUUGUUCAGUGGAUGGGAUCUUGGCGCACAGAGAAAGAUGUCAGGCUCUUUCUGGCUCCUUCUCAGCCUCAUUCCUGUAACUGCUGCUCAGUCCACCACUGAGGAACUGGCCAAGACAUUUUUGGAGAAGUUUAACCUUGAAGCCGAAGACCUGUCUUAUCAAAGUUCACUUGCUUCUUGGAACUAUAACACCAAUAUUACCGAUGAGAAUAUCCAAAAGAUGAAUGAUGCCAGGGCCAAAUGGUCUGCCUUUUACGAAGAACAAUCUCGGAUUGCCAAAACGUAUCCACUAGAUGAAAUCCAGACUUUCAUACUCAAGCGCCAGUUGCAGGCCCUGCAGCAGAGUGGAACAUCAGGGCUCUCAGCAGACAAGAGCAAACGAUUGAAUACAAUUCUAAACACAAUGAGCACCAUCUACAGUAGUGGGAAAGUUUUGGACCCAAAUAAUCCGCAGGAGUGCUUAGUACUUGAACCAGGUUUGGAUGAGAUCAUGGAAAACAGCAAGGACUACAGUCGGAGGCUCUGGGCUUGGGAAAGCUGGAGGGCUGAGGUCGGCAAGCAGCUGAGGCCGUUGUAUGAAGAGUACGUGGUCCUGGAAAAUGAGAUGGCAAGAGCCAACAAUUAUGAGGACUACGGGGACUACUGGAGAGGGGAUUAUGAAGUGACAGGGACAGGGGACUAUGACUACAGCCGUAACCAGUUGAUGGAAGAUGUGGAGCGAACCUUCGCAGAGAUCAAACCAUUGUAUGAACAUCUUCAUGCUUACGUGAGGGCAAAGUUGAUGGAUGCCUACCCUUCCCGGAUCAGUCCGACUGGCUGCCUCCCUGCUCAUUUGCUUGGCGAUAUGUGGGGUAGAUUUUGGACAAAUCUGUACCCUUUGACAGUCCCCUUCGGAGAGAAACCGAGCAUAGAUGUUACUGAAGCAAUGGUGAACCAGUCCUGGGAUGCAAUAAGGAUAUUCAAGGAGGCUGAGAAGUUCUUUGUGUCUAUUGGUCUCCCUAAUAUGACUCAAGGAUUCUGGAAUAACUCCAUGCUAACGGAGCCAGGCGAUGGUCGAAAAGUGGUCUGCCACCCCACCGCCUGGGACCUGGGGAAGGGUGACUUCAGGAUCAAGAUGUGCACAAAAGUGACGAUGGAUGACUUCCUGACAGCGCAUCACGAGAUGGGACACAUCCAGUAUGACAUGGCUUAUGCCAUACAGCCCUACCUGCUCAGAAAUGGAGCUAAUGAAGGUUUCCAUGAGGCAGUUGGGGAAAUCAUGUCACUUUCUGCAGCUACACCUCACUAUUUGAAAGCCCUUGGUCUCCUGCCACCUGAUUUUUAUGAAGACAGCGAAACGGAAAUAAACUUCCUACUCAAACAAGCGCUUACAAUUGUUGGGACGCUACCGUUUACUUACAUGUUAGAAAAGUGGAGGUGGAUGGUCUUUAAGGGCGAAAUUCCCAAAGAGCAGUGGAUGCAAAAGUGGUGGGAGAUGAAGCGAGAGAUACUUGGGGUAGUGGAACCUCUGCCCCAUGAUGAAACGUACUGUGACCCCGCAUGUCUGUUCCAUGUUGCUGAAGACUACUCGUUCAUCCGAUAUUACACAAGGACCAUUUAUCAGUUCCAGUUUCAUGAAGCUCUUUGUCGAACAGCUAAACACGAAGGUCCCCUGUACAAAUGUGAUAUCUCAAAUUCCACUGAAGCUGGGCAGAAGCUGCUACAAAUGCUGAGCCUUGGAAAAUCCGAACCCUGGACCUUAGCAUUGGAAAAUAUUGUCGGAGUAAAGACAAUGGAUGUAAAACCACUGCUCAACUACUUCGAGCCCUUGUUGACCUGGCUGAAAGCCCAGAACGGGAAUUCGUCUGUGGGAUGGAACACGGACUGGACCCCAUAUGCUGACCAAAGCAUCAAAGUGAGGAUAAGCCUAAAAUCAGCUCUUGGAAAAGAAGCAUAUGAAUGGAAUGACAAUGAAAUGUAUCUGUUCCGGUCAUCUAUUGCCUACGCCAUGAGAAAGUAUUUUUCAAGACCCAAAAAUGAGACCAUUCCAUUUGGGGCGGAGGACGUGUGGGUGAGUGACUUGAAGCCAAGAAUCUCCUUCAACUUCUUUGUCACCUCACCUGCCAACAUGUCUGACAUCAUUCCCAGAAGUGAAGUCGAAAAGGCCAUCAGUAUGUCUCGGAGCCGGAUCAACGAUGCUUUCCUCCUGGAUGACAACACCCUGGAGUUUCUGGGGAUUCAGCCAACGCUGGGACCCCCCGAUGAGCCACCUGUCACCGUAUGGCUGAUUAUCUUUGGGGUGGUGAUGGGAUUGAUAGUGGUCGGUAUCGUCAUGCUCAUCUUCACCGGGAUCAGAGAUCGAAGGAAGAAAAAGGAAGCAAGCAGCGAAGAAAACCCUUACGGCUCCAUGGACUUGAGUAAAGGAGAAAGUAAUUCCGGAUUCCAAAAUGGCGAUGACAUUCAGACUUCAUUUUAGAAAAACCUCUUUUGUUUCCUCGCGAGGUGAUGUUAUUGCAUGUAAAUAUUAAUUUCAUGGUAGAGCAAAUAGGAAAUUAUAGGAUGUCAAUAAAUGCCAAACUGUGGUCCUGUUUGGGAAAAGUGGUCCCAAGAAGUCCUGCCCGAGGAGAGGGUAUCUUCUCUUGCAUCGCUUUUAGAAUUUGUUUCUGCCUCAGGAUUGGAAUUCUUUUCUGUUUGCUGAAAGAGAUGCUUCUCCUUGAGAAUGGAGAGCAUGUGUCUUUGGCCUCGCAGGCUGUUCGGGGGUCAUGGAAAUGGAAAAGUCUGUCGUGUUGCUGGAGUUGGGGGGGGGGAAGGAGAGGUAGUGGGAGCAGGUGUUGGGUCGUGUGUGGCAUCUGACGGAUGGCUUUUAAGGACAGUGCCUGUGACCUGAUGGAGCUCCAGGGGUUGGGAAUGGCGCACACUGUUGACUUUGACUUAAUCCAAGUGUAAAGGAGGACACACUCACUUCACGUUAACUUAGUGUAAGUACUCUAGCGAUUUGCCCACAGCAAUGAUUGGACUGGAGCCUGCCUUCUUCAGCAUGACUUGACUACAGGAGAGAGGAGAAUCCAGAGAGCUGUUGGAGGACGUUGCCAUCUCCCUUCCAAGCUGCUCGAUCACCACCUUCCCGACCACGAAAAGCUAGCCCCAGGGCCCUCCGUGAACCCCCUCCAGAGCACGUGUCGUGGAAACACACUUCCGAGUGCAUGGAGAUCUCAACUGAAUGGAACCCUUUGCAGUGGGCACCCAACCUCCUAAAUCUUUUGUAUUUGCCCUCAGAGUCUGAGCAGUGCUGAGCACAAAGCAGACAUCCAAUAAAUAUGUGAUUUACACA